ACGCGCGUUGGCGCGCGCCGCCGGGAUUGAGUUCUGCGCGGGGUGGCUGGGCGAGCCGGUGGCGGUGCUACGCUGGGUGGCUGCCGCUCCACGUGCUCCCGGCGGCCGGUUGAGACCGUUGGCGGGGUCGGCUGACAGGUAGAAAACCAGUUGAGCAUGACUCCAGAGUGGUGAUCAGUUGAACAUAUGACCUGAUUCCAGCCUUCUCCUGAGUUGGUGUUCACACUGUGCCAUGGGGAGCUGUUUUUCAUAGUUGCUGCAGACCCGUGGAUUCCCAAGGUUUACUCAAGCCUGCCCUCUCCUCUCAAGCUUGACCAGAAACAGCAGUCGUCAGCCGCAGAGGUUGAAAGCUCUAAGUUAGGCAAGAGUUCAAACCUAUAUCAGAAAAUUUCUAAUUAUUUAACCAAAAAUGGUAUUUUUUACAUGCAAUGCAUGUGGUGAAUCCGUGAAGAAAAUACAAGUGGAAAAGCAUGUGUCUAACUGCAGAAACUGUGAAUGUCUUUCCUGCAUUGACUGUGGGAAAGAUUUCUGGGGUGAUGACUACAAAAGCCAUGUGAAGUGCAUCAGUGAAGGUCAGAAGUACGGAGGCAAAGGCUAUGAAGCCAAGACACACAAAGGUGAUGCAAAACAGCAGGCAUGGAUUCAGAAAAUUAAUGAGUUAAUAAAGAAACCCAACGUCAGCCCCAAGGUGCGAGAACUUUUGCAGCAAAUCAGUGCUUUUGAUAAUGUUCCCAGAAAAAAGGCGAAGUUUCAGAACUGGAUGAAAAACAGCCUGAAAGUGCACAGCGACUCCGUUCUAGAGCAGGUGUGGGAUAUCUUCUCCGAAGCAUCCAGCAGUGAGCAAGAUCAGCAGCAGCCACCCAGCCACACGGCCAAGCCACAUGCAGAGAUGCCGAUCACUAAAGUUCCAUCUGCAAAAACAAAUGGCACCACAGAAGAGCAAACCGAGGCGAAGAAGAAUAAAAGAGAAAGGAAGGAGGAACGGCAGAAAAACAGGAAGAAAGAGAAGAAAGAGCUGAAGCUAGAAAACCACCAGGAAAACCUGAGGGGCCAGAAGCCAAAGAAGCGCAAGAAGAACCAGGAGGCCGGACAUGAGGCUGCUGGGGAGGAGGCCGCCGAGGCCAGCGGCCCACCGGAGAAGAAGAAAGCCCAGGGAGGACAGGCUUCUGAAGAGGGAGCAGACAGAAAUGGGGGCCCUGGGGAGGAUGCUGCCGAGGGGCAGACCAAGACAGCAGCAGGGAAACGGAAGCGGCCAAAGCACUCAGGAGCUGAGUCUGGUUACAAGAAAAAAAAGAUGAAGUUACCAGAGCAGCCUGAAGAGGGAGAGGCCAAGGACCACGAGGCUCCAUCGAAAGGUAAAUUCAACUGGAAGGGGACCAUUAAGGCUGUUUUGAAACAGGCUCCAGACAACGAGAUAUCAGUCAAGAAGUUAAAGAAAAAGGUUAUAGCUCAGUACCAUGCGGUGAUGAACGACCAUCACACAUCGGAGGAGGAGCUCCUGGCCAUCUUCAACAGGAAGAUCAGCAGGAACCCCACCUUUAAGGUGCUGAAGGACAGAGUAAAGCUUCUGAAGUGAGGCUCUGUGGCUUCACACUCUGUCAUCCUAUUGGCUGCUUCCCUCUACUAUUUGUAAAAUGUGUAGUGAAUUAUAACAACCUGAAGAUUGCUUUCUGAAACUGUUUUUAAGUUAAGGGAAAAAGUAUAUUUUUGUUAAAACUUUCAUGAAAAAAUAAAAUAUAUCCUUGUCGAA